AUGCAUAAACCGAAAAUAUCAAUAAUUAUUUUCCAGCAGUUGGAUAUUUUGGAGAAGGUGGUGGGUGCACCGCUGCAGCGACUGCUGGUUGAGCGUAUUGUUGAGGUUGUUGAGCAUACGAUGAAGGAGGAAUUGGAUAACUGGCUGGACCAGAUGAAGGAGGAGAUACGUCAAAAUUAUUUUGUUAAACUCCGUAAUUCUGGAGCACAUCGUGAGAAUCAACUUCAAGCUUGA